AUGGACAAGAUCCUGGAGGCGGUGGUGACAUCCUCGUACCCCGCGAGUGUGAAGCAGGGCCUGGUGCGGCGCGUGCUGGAGGCGGCGCGGCAGCCGCUGGAGCGGGAGCAGUGCCUGGCGCUGCUGGCGCUGGGCGCGCGCCUCUACGUGGGCGGCGCGGAGGAGCUGCCGCGCCGCGUGGGCUGCCAGCUGCUACACGUGGCCGGUCGCCACCACCCGGAAGUCUUCGCCGAGUUCUUCAGCGCGCGCCGCGUGCUUCGCCUGCUGCAGGGUGGCGCCGGCCCGCCGGGCGCCCGUGCUCUCGCCUGCGUACAGCUCGGCCUGCAGCUGUUACCCGAGGGGCCCGCGGCCGACGAGGUGUUUGCGCUGCUCCGGCGGGAGGUGCUGCGCACCGUGUGUGAGCGCCCGGGGCCCGCGGUCUGCGCGCAAGUCGCCCGGUUAUUGGCGAGGCAUCCGCGCUGCGUCCCCGACGGCCCGCACCGCCUGCUUUUCUGCCAGCAGCUGGUGCGCUGCCUGGGUCGCUUCCGUUGUCCGGCCGAGGGCGAGGAGGGCGCCGUGGAGUUCCUGGAGCAGGCCCAGCAGGUGAGCGGGCUCCUGGCGCAGCUGUGGCGCGCUCAGCCCGCUGCCAUCCUGCCCUGCCUGAAGGAGCUGUUUGCCGUCAUCUCUUGCACAGAGGAAGAGCCUCCGUCUAGCGCCCUGGCCAGCGUGGUCCAGCACCUCCCAUUGGAGCUAAUGGAUGGUGUCGUCCGGAACCUCAGCAAUGAUGACAGUGUGACAGACUCUCAGAUGCUGACGGCCAUCAGCAGGAUGAUCGACUGGGUGUCGUGGCCCCUGGGGAAGAACAUUGACAAGUGGAUCAUUGCACUGUUGAAGGGCUUGGCCGCUGUUAAGAAGUUCAGCAUCUUGAUUGAGGUUUCGCUCGCCAAAAUUGAGAAGGUUUUCUCCAAGCUUCUGUACCCCAUUGUCCGGGGAGCUGCCUUGUCUGUCCUCAAGUACAUGCUCCUGACCUUCCAGCACUCCCAUGAAGCCUUCCACCUGCUCCUCCCUCACAUCCCCCCCAUGGUGGCCUCUCUGGUCAAGGAGGACUCCAACUCGGGGACCAGCUGCCUGGAGCAGCUGGCGGAGCUGGUCCAUUGCAUGGUCUUCCGGUUUCCAGGCUUCCCAGAUCUGUAUGAGCCUGUCAUGGAGGCCAUUAAGGACCUCCAUGUUCCCAAUGAGGACCGCAUCAAGCAGCUGCUGGGGCAAGAUGCCUGGACCUCGCAGAAGAGUGAGCUGGCUGGUUUCUACCCCCGGCUCAUGGCCAAGUCAGACACGGGCAAGAUUGGUUUAAUCAAUUUGGGAAACACAUGCUACGUGAACAGCAUUCUUCAAGCCUUAUUCAUGGCUUCUGACUUCAGACACUGUGUGCUCAGAUUGACAGAGAACAACUCACAGCCCUUGAUGACCAAGCUGCAGUGGCUCUUUGCCUUCCUGGAGCACAGCCAGAGGCCUGCCAUUUCUCCAGAGAAUUUCCUGUCUGCAUCCUGGACACCCUGGUUCAGCCCUGGCACCCAGCAGGACUGCUCUGAGUACCUGAAGUACCUGUUGGAUCGGCUACACGAGGAGGAGAAGACGGGGACCAGGAUCUGCCAAAAGCUCAAGCAGUCCAGCUUGCCCUCCCCACCGGAGGAGCCCCCCAGCCCAAGUCCCACCUCUGUGGAGAAGAUGUUCGGAGGCAAGAUUGUUACUCGGAUACGCUGCCUCCACUGCCUCAACGUCUCCUCCAGGGAAGAGGCCUUCACGGACCUCUCUCUCGCUUUCCCCCCCACCGACCGCUGUCGCCGCCGCCGCCUGGGCUCAGUGAUGCUCCCUGCAGAGGACGUUGGGGUCGGGGACCCCCCGUCACCAUCCCAAGCCCAGGUUCCAAGCAGGGUGGGUUCUCGGAGGCAGAGGAAACAUUGUGUCACGGGGGACGCCCCCACUGCUGUCCUGGACAUUGAAGGUCUGGGCCCCCAGGGACCUGGGGGGCAGAUCAGUGGGGAGGAGAAGGUGGAGAGGGAGGAGGAAGUGGAGGAGGAAGCUCGGGAGGAGGAGAGGCCCCGAGAGCAGGAGGAGGAGGAAGAGAAAGAGAAGGAGGCGGUGGCAGAGGAGGAAGCGAAGGCUGAGAAGGAGAAGGAGGCAGAGACCACAAAGGAGAAGGAAGAGGACGGCACGGGGCCAGGGAGCCAGAGGGGCGCCGCCGGGGAGGGCUCCCGGUCCGUCUUGGACCUGGUCAACUACUUCCUGUCCCCCGAGCGGCUGACGGCGGAGAACCGCUACUAUUGCGAGCCUUGUGCCUCGCUGCAGGAUGCCGAGAAGGCAGUGGAGCUGAGCCAGGGGCCGCGCUACCUCAUCCUGACCCUGCUGCGCUUCUCCUUUGACUUGCGCUCCAUGCGCCGCCGCAAGAUCCUGGACGACGUCUCCAUCCCCUUGCUGCUCCGCCUGCCUCUGGCCGGGGGCCGCGGCCAGGCCUACGACCUCUGCAGUGUCGUCGUGCACUCGGGAGUGUCCUCGGAGAGCGGCCACUACUACUGCUAUGCCCGCGAGGGCGCUGCCCGCCCGGCCCCCUCUUUGGGCGCUGUGGACAGGCCCGAGCCCGAGAACCAGUGGUACCUGUUCAACGACACUCGGGUGUCCUUCUCUUCCUUCGAGUCCGUCAGUAAUGUCACCUCCUUCUUCCCCAAGGACACGGCCUACGUGCUCUUUUACCGGCAGCGGCCUGGGGAGGGGCCUGAGACCGAGCCGAGCUCUCCCAGAGGUCGGGCAGAGCCCACGCUCCACAAAGACUUGAUGGAGGCCAUUUCCAAAGACAACAUCCUUUACCUGCAGGAGCAGGAGAAGGAGGCACGGAGCAGGGCGGCCUACAUCUCUGCACUCCCAGCAUCUCCGCACUGGGGGAGGGGCUUCGAUGAAGACAAGGAUGAGGACGAAGGCUCUCCUGGAGGCUGCAAUCCUGCAGGUGGCAAUGGCGGGGACUUCCACAGACUGGUCUUCUAA